UUAAAAAUAUCCUUAUUUGCUUUUCCAUCAUCAAAUAUAAAUCAAUUUAUUUUCAUUGGAAUCUUUCACUUGGCUAAGCGCUUCCAUCAUCAACCAUCCUGAUGAGGUCCACCAUAUCACAUCUCCUUUCUCCAACGCCACUGCCUCCUCCCCUUAACUUCCGCCGGAAAACUCCAACUUCCCUGCUGAACAACUCGCGAAGCUUUUCCAGUAGAAGAAGAACAUGGAUCUCACAAACCGAAAUCAAAGUCUCGUCGUCAUCAUCAUCAUCAUCAUCAUCAGAUAAUCAGACCGUUACCUUUGCACCAUCACCAACAAGGAAAGAUGAUGAUGAUACCGAUUUACCACAGUCUGCGUCGGAGAUAGUGAGGAGCUUCUAUAAAGGAAUCAACGACCGCGAUCUUGCCGCCGUGGAGAAGCUCAUUGCGAAGAAUUGUGUGUACGACGACCUUAUCUUUCCACGGCCCUUCAUUGGUCGGAAGGAUAUUUUAGAGUUCUUUAAGAAGUUCAAUGAUUCUAUCAGCAAGGACCUCCGAUUUGUUAUUGAUGAUAUUUCUGCUGAGGAUUCCUUAGCAGUUGGAGUUACAUGGCAUUUAGAUUGGAAGGGCAAGCCAUUCCCAUUUAGCAAAGGAUGCAGCUUUUAUCGGCUAGAGGUCAAGAACAGCAGAAGACAAAUAAUUUACGGUCGGGAUAGUGUUGAGCCCGCAAUCAAGCCUGGAGAGGCAGCUCUGGACCAUGCAGGUUGCCAUCCAGGGUGUAGUUUGGCUGCUGCAACGCUUUCCUCAGCUGGCAGAUCAGCUAUGAUGAAAAGCUAUAUGCCAUUUACAUUCAUAAUGGUAGUGUUCAUGGACUCAUCUGCACAGUACAACAUCAGCAAACACCUCUUCAAUCAUCACAUGCAAUAUUUCCUCUACUAUGUAUAUGGUAUACAUAAAAACAAAACUUGUACAUUUGCGUAUUUUAAUAAUUUGUUCUUCAGCCAAGGCUACUUUUCCAAACAUGAUUUGUGAAUUAUAGCAAUUGUAUUUUCAUUUAGCAUGUUGUAUAUUCAAAGUAUGGAUAAAGAUACAUAGCCAACCCCUACUAGUUUGGGAUUAAGAUUGUAACAUCCUCAACUAAUGCUCCAAUUAUUUCCUUGAGAAUGAUAAUAAAAGGGCAUAGCUAGAAAAUAUUGGAAUCUGCA